ACUCCUCGCCACAAGUUAUCUCCUCCUUUUCCCUUGUUUCCUUACACACUUUCUCAUCAUGGAUCAUCCCACCACUGCUCCUACGCUCGACAUCUCGCGCCGAGCGCAGACGCUCAACCUGGGCGCAGGCCCCUCGUCUCUGCCCACCUCUGUACUGGUGCAGUCGGCGCAGGACAUCGUCGACUACUCUGGUACAGGCAUGGGUCUCAUCGAGCUCUCCCACCGCUCUGGCACCUUCAAGACGGUCAUUGAGACUGCUGAGGCCAACUUGCGAAAGCUACUCGAUGUGCCCGAGGACUACGCUGUAAUCUUCACCCAGGGGGGAGGAACAGAGCAGUUCUCUGCCACUGCCCUGAACCUGCUCGGCUACCAUGCUGCCACGAAUCCUGGCUACUUUCAAGAGUCGGGAGGUAGAGGACCGCCCAUUGAUUACGCCAUCACUGGAAGCUGGUCUAACAAGGCUUGCCAAGAGGCGACCAGGCUAGGAUUCAAUGCCCACCCUGUCCUCGAUGCCAGAAAGGUUCCUGGGGCCAAUGGCAAGUUUGGCUCGAUUCCUCCCGUAUCUGAAUGGAAUCUGAGCGACCCAGCACAAAAGCCAGCGAUGCUCUACUACUGUGACAAUGAGACGGUCGACGGAGUGGAAUUCCCUUCGCCAGGAUUCCCCGUUGAAUCCCUUCCAGAGGCGUACCGCUCUACCGUACCCCUCGUAGCCGACUGUUCCUCCAACAUCCUCUCGCGGCCCAUCGACAUCCGUGCCCAUUCCAUCGUCUUCUUUGGAGCUCAGAAGAAUGUAGGACCACCAGGAGUAACCGUUGUGAUCCUGCGUCGCUCGCUAGUGGAGGUUCACCCAGACCAAGGUGUCCCGCACGGUGGACCUCGGAUUCCAACAACGCUCGUGUACAAGAAUCUAGUGGACAAUGGCAGUCUCUACAAUACUCCGCCCAUGUUCUCCAUUCACGUCUCGGGUCUGGUCUUUGCCAAGCUACUGCAAGAGCAAGGAGGUGUGCAGGGAGCAGCAGAGAGGAGUAGGCUUAAGGCACAGAGGAUCUAUAAGCUCCUGGACGACUCGAGGGGAUUCUACCUGCCCACGGUCAAGCAGCCCAAUGCUCGAUCUCGUAUGAAUGUCACAUUCCGCAUCGCCAGCACUGGAGCAGCAGCAGCAGCCGGUACCGCUCAAAGUACCACGAGUGCAGGCGAGGCAAAAGUGGAAUCUGCCCCUGCACCCGCCUUUGAUGAAGCGCUAGAAGAGGCCUUUGUCAAGUUUUGCAAGGCGAAUGGAAUCGAGCAGGUCAAGGGACAUCGUAGUGUUGGUGGAAUCAGGACGAGCUUGUAUAAUGCUGUGAGCGUAGAAGAGACGGAGAGGCUGGCGAGGGUCAUGGAGGAGUUUAUGGCCAAGACUUUGGCGGGAAAGUAGAGGGAGGGAGAGGGCAGAGUGGGGGGUGGCUCUUUGUAGCGCUUUCUAAUGUGGUUAGAUGGUCAAUCGAUGUCAUAGACUUCUUCCAGCGAGCGAGACUCUGCUCAUGCACAGCUGCACGCUCAUCUCAGCUCUCACGCUCUCAAAUUUGUG